UUCAAGUUUAAUAUCAAAGAGAAUUUUGCUAGCUUAUUUGGCCACACUGAUUGAGAAACUGAAAAUUUGAAUUUCGCGAUACAACAACACGGAUCCUCGAAGUUCGUGAAUUUUAGAGCUGGAUGCCCAUGCGUCUCUUCAAGUCUCUCGUGAUUUCGCGCAUUGUUUCGCAAAAGUGGCCAUGCAUUCAAUGAAACGUAGAUCAUCCAGUAAUCCCGUAAGGAUAUCCGCAAUCGAACGGGAGGACAAAAGCUUGCCUCGGACUGAUCAGCGGAAAACGCAAACAGUAAACUCGAAAAAAUCGAUCGUCGAGACCUCUCACAUUCCCAGAUCUCGUUUCAGAAGUUUUUCCAACGAUAGAGCAGGAUCACUCGGCAGAAAAUCAUAUUUGAAAACUACUACAGGUAGAACCCAGUUAUCAACAACUCCAAUUACGCCAAGACUUACUAAAUUCACUACAAACCUAGUAUCUACAGCGAGUUUGAGCAGAUCUCAUUCACCAUUAUCAAUAGGUCGAUCACCAUCUGGUGAUCGUGCUAGUGGUGUAAGUGCUAAGGGACCUAAAAAGGAUACAAGACCCCUGAAUGAUAAAGACUAUCGGAUAGUUUUACUGAACAAGAUAGAUGACUUUUUUUCUAUACUAUCAGUUAAAUCAAAUCAAUUACCAAUGCUAAAUAGUAAUGGGAGUUUAAAACCGAUUACAUCAAAGAUGUUUGUAGAGGUCUCUGGCUUUCUUCUCAGAUUUUUUUUCAACAUUAAGCAUGAUCUCACGACGACAAAUUAUAUAGAAGAAUUACCAAAAUAUGCCAAGAAGUUGCACUAUCCUGGGGUAAUGACUAAAUCAUGGCUGAGGACAGUCAGUGCAAUGCAUUCAUGGCCUUAUGUUCUCGGUUGGAUUGGAUGGCUGGUAGAAGUAUGCCAAGUGAGAGAGAUUGCGUUUGAUACAUAUAAAUUGGAAACUUUGCCAUUCAUAGGAACAGAGCAAGAAACUCAAAGAUACAAUCUGGAGUUUCAAACACUGUUAAAAUGCUAUAAAGCUUGGAAUGAUGAAAAGCAUGAUGAGGAGGCAGAAUUGUUGGAGGAAUACUUGCAGAAUAUAUCGGUCCAACAGGGCGUUACCGACGAUGACAUAAUUCAAGCGCGUGAAGAACUGAAGAAAGAAGAGGUGAAAUUGCAGAUGCUCAAAGAAGAAUCACAGAAAGUCGAUAAAAAGGUUGAACAGUUACAACAGAAAUUAGCAUUUUUGCAUGCUAGAGAAACUGAACAAUUAAACGAUAUUGAAACCAUGGAGAAUUGUAUAAAAACAUUUUCCGCUGAGACAAAUCAAUUAAACACAGAAUACAAAACUCUAGAUGAACAGAUUCGAAUAGGAAAUGUACAACUUGAACAAUUAAGAUCAACUGUAAAAAAUCAAGCUAUAUCCAAGAGACAAAAAGAAGAUAUUAUUAAAGAGUGCACAGAACGUCAAAAUUAUAUGCAUCAAUUUGACGAGCAUUUAAAAGAUUAUGAAAAGAAAACAUAUACUUUAGAUAUGCAGUUAACAUCCCUCAGUAAUAAUCUUAAUAAAGCGAUAUUGGCAUAUAAUAAGGAAGUCUUUAUGCAUACUGAUAACGAUAUUAUAAAUUUUGAUGAAUUAAAAUUGCCAGAGAAAGGAUUGCUAGAGCCACAAAUAAUGGAUGUAAUGAAAGAGAAGACUUCUUUAAUAAUAAAAAUCAAAGAAAUAUUAACGAAAAAAUUGAAUGAGAUAGAAUCUCUUAUUUGUUCCGAAACCGUAAAAUUGGAAAAAUUACAGGAAAAAGUUAAAUUUUUGCUAGAUGGACAUAAUGCAUUGAAAGAUGAGAUAUCUCAUAUUGAUGAAAUGAAGGAAAAUAUGAAAAAAGAGAAAGUGAAAUUUACAAAACAGAUUGAGGAUUUGAGAAACGAGAUUAAAGAGAUGCAGAAUAUGAUGCCGGAUAUAAAAGCGAUAGAUCUCGAGAUAGAAGAAGCACAAGACAAAUUAGAUGCAGUUAUAAGAAGAAAGACAUAUUUAGAACAAACUGCCAAAAGGUUUUUCGAAGAAUUUUACAAGAGUGUGGGCUACCAUAGAGAAGAACUUUAUAAGAUUCUAACAAGAGACAGAACGAAAUAAAAUUAUAUCUGUAUAAA